AUGCCUAACAGCAGCAUAACCCAGCAGAGCCAUUCCUCCAACGAGACACUGCCAGACACCUUAGAGAGGCUCCACACAGUUCUCAUAGCCCUGUACAUCAUCAACCUGGCUGGUGGCACCCUUGGGGUGAUCAUGAUGUCCCAUCAGCUGUUUCAAAGGAGAUCACAAUCUGUGAUGACCAUUAUCAUCAUCAGCCUCCUGGUGCUGCACACCUUUAUGCUACUGAGCAUCCCCUUCCGCCUCAGCUAUUACAUUUUACGGGAAUGGAAAUUUGGGAGGGUGGCCUGCAAGCUAGCAAGUGCCAUCAUCUACCUCCACAUGUACACCACCUUUGCAUUUUACAUGGCUAUCGUCAUAAUACGCCUCUUCCGACUGGAGUUUAGGAAGUGCUACACUACAACCUUGGUGGCUGCUGUCUGGCUGAUGGGAGCACUGGUGAUCACACCCAUUCUUCUCUCGUACUAUGGUACCUCUAAGACGUAUCACUCCUCUGAAUGCUUUCAGUUCCAAAAGGAGAUACAAGAGGCACCCAUGGUGAUCAUGAACUACUGCAUGGUUGGGAUUUUGGUGGUGGUUUGUGUUGUACUCACCAUAAUCCAGUUGUCUGUGAUCUAUAGACUGGCUGUGAAAUACUGGCCUGACAUCAACUCCCAUGUGGAAUUCAGGGCUCAGGCAAAGAGUUUCUUCUUCAUCUUGGUAACAUUAGUGUGCUUUAUGCCUCAUCACGUAUUCAGAGCGUAUUACAUCCAAAACUGCCACCUGGAUAAAGACCGUAAACUACUCCCAUACAACGAAAUUUUUUUAGCUUUAACAACAAUGUGCUGCUUGGAUAUGUUGUGCUUCAUAGCAGGAAUAGCCCACUGA